GACGGAGAGUUGGGCGGCGUCCCUGACGCGCUCAUCGACUCGGACGGCGUCUUCAAGUACGUUCUGAUUCGCGUGGAGCCCGCGGGCCCGGGGCCCGGCAAAGACAUCAUCCGCGGACACGCCUGGGCCGAAUACCACGGGUUUUGGCCGAGCAAAACAUGCCAUUGCCACAGAGAAGCUGAAGGCCAGGUACCCUGAUUAUGAAGUCACCUGGGCCGAUGAAGGAUACUGACCACUGCCUUUAAGAGUUUACCUUUGCGACCAAACAGCAGCAAGCGGGAACUGAUGCGGGAAGCCGGAUGGCCUCUGGAUCUGUGCUAUGGACUGCGCUGUGAUCAAACCUAUUGUGCCUGGCUUUGGUAUAAGGAAUAAACGAUUGUGCUCGCUGCCUAAGGUGUCGUGCUCCCUCACGCAUCUUCCUGGAUCCACUCACUUCCUGCGGUGUCUUUUGAUUAAGAGAAACAGCGGUGAAGGGAGGAAGAGAGUUUUAUGUUUGUGCGGACUGGGGGAAAACGCAGAGGAAGCAGCUGAAAUAAUAAGCAUGGACACCUGCACUAUUUAGAACGCAAACUCAGAAACGUUGUUUUCAUCUGCCUGCCACAAUGGUUCCGCUUCACAUGUAUACAAAGCACAAUGUUCCCAUUGCAGUUUUAAGUUGCUUUGUUUUCUUGAUAACUGUAGCCAGUAGGUUUCUUUUUCUCCUGGAAAUCACUGUAAUUGUAACAUUUUCAUGUAACAUGGAAAGCUGUAGGGAACUGCUAGAAAGGGAAAUAACAUGGCCCUGUUCUGAGCCUGAUCCAAACUGCAGGCCGCGGAGGGCUUUUUCUCUGCAUGCUCCUGUCCCUCCAGCAUGGAAACAUUGAUUUCUUUGGCAGUUCAGGUCGGUGGUAAAGCAAUGCUUAGGCUUGUCCUGCUAAUGACCUGCGGAUGAGAUUUCUGGACAGCGUGCAAGUCUGCAAGAUCUUUCCUGGAGAUUAUGACUUGAUUGCACGAAGUCCAAGGGCACCUUCACGGAAAUGAGGUUGGAUCUCUUGCAUGUGAGAGCGACAAGCUCUUGUGAAACCUCACUUUCUUGGAAACAAGGGUUUUGCAAUCUGUUGCAGUCUGGUUCUUGGGGUGUAUUUAAAUAAAAAGAGUGUAUAACUUGUGACUCACCUGAACUGGAGACAGAUUUUCAAAUUCCUACUGGAUAGCAAGGUGACUAGAGUCCUUCGUUCUUUUCCAUCCAAACAGCUGCCUUGCUGUUCAUAGCAGCUCUGUCUGUGGCGUACAAUAAAAAAUAGACCGCUUCCCAGGCAGCCUUGCAGAGAGAUUAGAAAUCCCAAGGACAGCAAGAGGCUGGAGGAGCCCUGUGGGAAGAGUCUCCCAGCAGCCCAUUCUCAGCAAGAGGCCUCAAGGACGACAUGCCCUCCAAUGUUGCCCAGAGCUCCUGUUCCAGCCAGGAAUUCACCAGAGAUGCUGGCCUGAAGAGCCUUUUCUCCCAUUCCUGGGGCAGGCAGCAACCAAGCCAGAGCUGAAGUUAAAUCAGAAAGGGUCCGAUGUUUGAUGCCACCUCCUCUGCCUUAUUAAAACAAAAGUCUGGUGGAAACAGACAGUGAUCAAACAACUUUGCCCAUAACAAGGGAAGGAAGCUGAUACUUGGUGGCGCAGGGCCACAAGGGCAUUGGUUUGCUUGGUAGAGUAGCACGCAGCUGCAGUUCUCUGCUUUUAUUGCUCCAAGAACAUGAGCAGGCCAUUAGGACCCUCUCCCCACCGAAGAUGGGGGUGAGCAUCCUGCUCGUGUCCCCCUCCCUGUGGCCAGUCCCCACCCUGUGCCUGGGGCGUGCUUCCCUCCUACUCGGCCCCUGCCGCGUGUCUCGAAAGCAAGGUGAUAGAGAGGUUGAAGUCCAGGUACAUUGUUGCUGGAGCAGCCUUUCCUCCUCGUUCUUCCCAACUGAGCAGGCUUGAUCUUGCUGCUAGGCAGGCCCAGGAUGUCGGGGUCCUGGGGGCUGCUGUCCUUCCUGCAGAUGCUGAUGGUUGGGCCUCCGUUUUAUGUCCAGGCUGUGUUUGUCAACCGAUGUGGGAGUCCAAGUGUGUGUGAUUUUGUGUGUGACUGCUGGGAUUGUUCAGAUGAAAACCAGUGUGGCUAUCAGAAGGCUUCGGCUCUGGGGGCUCCCUUCACCUGCAGCUUCGAAGGCACCACGUGUGGCUGGGAGGACAUCAGCAACUCAGCCUACCGGUGGGAACCAGCCCAGGCCAGAAUCUCCACAUGGGGGCUGGAGCCUCCUUUCGACCACACGCUGGGCACGGAUUUCGGCUGGUACAUGACGGCUACAAAGCAGAGAGCAAAGCCAACGGCCACAGCCCGGCUGCGGUCCCCCCUGUUGCAAGGAGCAGCUGCUGCCUGCGAGAUCCGAGCUUGGUAUCUCCUGUGGGGGCCAGGUCUUAAUGAGACUCGGCAGCCUCUCCUGACCUUGGAGCUGAUCCAGGGAAGUCGCACCGUCUGCCUGUGGCAAAGCCCUCCAAGUGGCACCUACUCCUGGCAGGAGCUGGUGGCCUACACCGGUCACAUCCCAGGCAGCUUCCAGGUCACCUUCUCCUCCACCCAGGCCUUCUCCUCUGCAGCACAGCUGGCCCUGGACGAUGUGGAAUUCAGGAAUUGCGGCUUCCUAAGUAAAGUGGCGGGCGGGGGGGGCUUCCUUUAUCUCUUCCUGAACUUCUCUGCAGUCUCCUUUUCAAAUAAUGGCCUCUCCAAGGAGGUCCCGUAGGAUGCUGUCU